AUGGUCCCCAAUGAAGCCCUUCAGUAUGAGGGUUUAGUCAAGCUCCUUCUGCAUUUCAGGUGGAAAUGGGUAGGACUCAUCACUGUAGAUGAUGAAGGUGGAGAACAUUUUUUGACGACUAUGGAGCCAAAGCUUUUGCAGAAUGGAAUUUGUUCAGAAUUUGCCGAGAGACUUGACCAAAUUAUUCAUUUCGGUGACUUGUCCCAAAUGUUGGAACAAAUAAUGAGUCAUGUUAACAUAUUUAGACAGAAAAAAGCCAAUGCAAUCAUUAUAUAUGGUGAAACAAUAGCCUCCAUUAUAUGGCUGGCUUCGAUUGCAUUGGCAACAACUCUCCUUCCAGCUGGUUAUGAACAUGAAGAGAAAAUCUCUGCAGGGAAAGUGUGGAUCACAACUGCCCAGAUAGAUUUCACAUUGCAUAUUAUGCAAAAAGACCUUGAUUUACAAAUGUUCCAUGGGGCUCUUUCCGUUGCGAUUCACUCCAGACCGAUUCUGGGCUUCCAAAAAUUUCUUCAGAAGAUCAAGCUUCCAGAGGCAAAGGGAGAUGGCUUUAUCAAACAUUUCUGGGAGCAAGCUUUUGAUUGCUAUGAUCAUAAUUCUGAUGAAGCAAGAAACAUUGACGGUGCAUGUACUGGGGACGAGAGGCUGGAGGAUCUCCCUGCAAUUUAUUUUGAAAUGAGCAUGACUGGCCACAGCUACAGUAUUUACAAUGCUGUUUAUGCCUUGGCCCAUGCCUUACACGCUGCUCAUACCUCUAGGUUGAAGCACAGAGUUAGGAGAGAAGAAGCCAAGGAGUCGUUCCAGAAUGUACACCCCUGGCAGCUACAUUCAUUUCUGCAGAGGAUUUCAUUCAACAACAGUGCUAGAGAUGAAAUUACAUUCAAUGAACGGGGUGAAUUAGUAGCUGGAUUUGACAUUAUGAACUUGGUCACCUUCCCAAACAACUCUUAUGUAAGAGUCCAGGUUGGGGAGCUGGAUCCACGGGAGCUGGAUCCAGGGAAAACCUUCAUGAUUAAGGAAGACCAGAUCCAGUGGAACCAGAACUUCACUCAGGUGCCUCCUCUUUCCUUAUGCAAUGACCUUUGUCCUCUUGGAUACAGAAAGACAAAAAAGGAAGGGGAGAAAUUUUGCUGCUAUGAUUGUGCUCCAUGUCCAGAGAGGAUGAUUUCAAGCCAGAUGGACAUGGAAAAUUGUAAGAGGUGCUCCAUGGAUCAUUUUCCAAAUGAAGCUCAUGUACAAUGCAUUCCAAAGAAACUGAACUUCCUCUCCUUUGAAGAACCGCUGGGCAUCACUCUGGUUUCUCUGGCUCUUCUUUUUUGCCUGGUGACAGCUUUUGUACUCACAAUCUUCAUUAAGCAACAGGACACUCCCAUCGUCAAAGCCAACAAUCGCAGCCUCACCUACCUCCUCCUUAUCUCUCUCAUUCUCUGCUUCCUCUGCUCUCUUCUCUUCAUUGGACAGCCCAAUAAGGCGACCUGCCUCCUCCGACAAACAGCAUUUGGCACCAUCUUCUCCACUGCUGUUUCUUCUAUUUUGGCCAAAACCAUCACAGUGGUUCUAGCUUUCCUAGCCUCGAAGCCAGGAAACCUAUUCCACAAAUGGGUGGGGCCAAAGUUGGCUUAUUCUAUUGUCUGGCUCUGCUCCUUCAUUCAAGUAGCUAUUUGUGCCCUUUGGCUGGGUACAUCUCCUCCCUUUCCAGAUUUGGACAUGGAGACACUCCUUGGAGAAAUCAUAGUAGAGUGUCAUGAAGGCUCCGCCACCAUGUUUUACUGUGUCUUGGGCUACCUGGGCUUCUUGGCCCUUCUCAGCUUCACUGUGGCCUUCCUAGCCAGGAAGUUGCCGGACAGUUUCAACGAAGCCAAGUUCAUCACUUUCACCAUGUUGGUGUUCUGCAGCGUUUGGCUGACCUUUGUGCCCACCUACCUGAGCACCAAGGGAAAAUACAUGGUGGCUGUAGAAAUCUUCUCUAUCCUGUCUUCCAGUGCUGGCUUACUGGGAUGCAUCUUUACCCCUAAAUGUUUCAUUAUUAUACUGAGGCCUGAGCUCAACACAAGGGAACAAUUAAUCCACAGAAAAACAUAA